GGGAGUGUUUCUGGCUUUGGUCUCACUCAUGCUGUCCAAAAACGCACUUUUCUACAUGCUCUGUCGGCCGCAUAUACUGUGGGCCAACAAGGGACACGGCCAGUACUCUGACCCGUUUGGACCUUACAUUCUUGUGCCUGUGUGGACAAUGUCUUUAGUUGUCAUUAUCAUACAUUAUGUUCGCAUAUUUAAGGUUGUGCGACAACACCGGAAAAAAGUGUUCAGCCGCGGCGUCCAGCUGAGACCAGCAGUGUCCGCGCACGUGUGGGACCUGCUCAGUGCGCCUCCUCACGCGGGUCCCUUCAGAUCUCUCCCCACAGUGUCCUCCAGCAGCCCGUUCCCCGCUCGCCGGGGCGUGCUGCUCGAGCCCGAAGAGGGCGGCUCCAAUGAGGGCUCAGAGGCCCCAGGCUCCAAGGCUCCGGAGAUUGUGGGAGCGGUGUGUCUGCUCACCCCAGGCGCCAGGGAACGGGGCAAGAAACAGAUGGAGGGGAGACUGGCCCAGCGCUUUGGAUACAUCAUCAUCGCCUUCACACUCUUCUGGGUGCCAAUCGUGGUAGUUCUACUGAUGCACCUCAUCUCAUGGCAGGACACGAGCAGAACAUUGCUGGAGCUGGAGACCUCUGCAGUGGUACUGACGUGUUUGCAGGCUGCUGUAGACCCUCUCAUCUACACGUUGGUCACCAGGCAAUUCCGCUCUGAACUCAGCAAGAUCCUCUCCUCCAUCCCUGGCUGUCAUAUUAAAUGA